CUCUCAUGUGGGACAAAUAUUUGACGUGGCAUGAAGUCCGGACAUAACACAUCUGCUCAUCAUAAUCAUCCCUCCUACUCUCUUCAGCUCAGUUGCCUUCACACAUCUGCAGGUACCGGUCCAGCUGAAGGUCUAGGAUGUGGCUGAUCGUGUUGGCUGGCUUGUUUCAGCUCGGUUCGGUUUAUGAUGUGGAUCAGAAGAAGCUGGAGGGACUGGCAAAGGCGAAGGUGGAGUCAUGUGGUGGAUGACAGCUGAACAGACUUAGAGAGGUCAAAGCCUUUGUAGUCCAGGAUAUUCCCCUUUACCAUAAUCUGGUGAUGAAGCACAUUCCUGGGGCUGAUCCUGAGCUUGUCCUCCUCAACCACUAUUAUGAAGAACUAGAUCGGAUCGCUCUGACCGACAUGACCCGCUCUGAAAUCAAUGAGCUGCUGGGAAAACUGGGUUUCUACAAGAAAGCUAAAGAAGAGGACGAGGUCCCCGAGGAGUUCCGCUUCUCCCCCGCCAAAGACAGCCCGUUUAAAGACGAGCCCACUCCCAGAUCCUCAUCAGAGCCCAAACACGCUGACCUAUAACCUUCAGAAUGGGACAAAAAAUAAACACUACAGCGCUGCUUACUGAUACUAACUUCAUUAUAAAGCAAAUCAUGGCUUAGAUCGUAGAGAAAAAGGGAAAUCGGACUAUAACCAGCCAAUCAAUGUGAACAUUUAUGCCACUGGCUCUUUUUUAUAUAUUUACAACCCAGCAAGUCAUUUUUCCAGUGCUUUUCUACAAAGACUGUUUUAUUUUGUCCAUCAUGCGUCUGCUGUCUUUAGUAUCCUCUCCUCGCCAGAGUUUGUUUGUGAUCGCCUCACACCUGCAGAGAAACUGAAUGAAGCUUCAGGUUAAAAGUCAGGCGACUGGCCUGAAGCUGAUGCUGCUGGUUCUGGUGGGUUCUGGUGAAGCACACACACACCAACUCAGAUGGAAAGGUUGGAAGAUAAAAAUAAAAACCUCUCUAAAAAUC